AUGCGAAGACCUCUAAAGAAGUAUACAUGUGAUGAGUGUCAUAUGGUAUUUUACACUAGGGGAGAUACCCGCUUUCAUAAGAAAUUCCAUGGACCGUUUAAGGCUGCUGCUAAUGGUUACGUGAAUCAGAGCAAUGAGUAUCAUAAAAGCAAAAUAUGUGAGGCUGAGAGUGAUUGUCAGGACGAUGUUUCUCUGUCUCCUCCUAGUAAAGAAAAUUAUUGUCUCAGUGGGGGAUUGCUGGCUUCAGAAGUAGACUUUGAGCAGGCAGGUGAUGUACAAGACAAUAAGGAUAUGUGCUGUGGAAAGAAAUCCCCUGAAAACAGCCACGGAAGCAACAGCUUACCUAUUAUUGGGAAUCGAUCAGAAGUUUCUCUGAAUUCAUAUAAAAAGGACACAGCUUUUUCCAAAGAGGAACCUCUCUUCGAUUCCAAAGCCUCUCAUUCACAAGUUGAGGAUGAUGAUGCAUAUCAUAGAUUUGUGGAGAACUUACGGAGUACGUGGCCUUCCAAUUUGUCUGCGUUUAAAACGUACAAGUGCCAACACUGCAAUUAUGCUAGCGCUGUUCAAAGCAACUUGAAGCUGCACCUGGGAAUACAUACAGAUGAAAGGCCAUUUGCCUGUAAAGAAGGCAAUAAGACAUUUAAAACGUCAAACCAUUUGCAGAAACACAGCCUUAUUCACGUAAAGGAUAGGUAUGAGUUUGGCCAUUGCCUCUGUGUAGACAGCCAUUCAGAGAACCUAGAAUUGCAUCAUGAAAUGCAUGUAGGCAUGUGUCCAGAAAGAGAUUUUGGUUCCUCAGAGGAUUCAAAGAUCGUUCGUUCUUUGCUUGGUUCGGAAGUCUGUGGAGUCCAGCCGGAUGUCCAGAAGGGCAAAGAAAAUGAUUUGCUAGCACAAAGCCAGCUACGAUUCUAUCAGUGUGCAGAGUGCAAGUAUGCUACUCGCCUUUUAAGCAACUUUAGAGUACAUGUAAGGACUCACACAGGUGAGAAACCUUACAGCUGCGGUGUUUGUCAGAAGAAGUUUCGUACUUCCAGUCACCUGAAAAGGCACGGGAUCACCCAUUACAAUUUACGUCAUCUGAAGUGCAGGAACUGUGACUACUCCACAAAUAAAUGGCUGUCCUUGAAACGGCAUCUGGCCUCACACUCUCCUGAGGGAAGCUUGUCUGCUGGCUGUUUCUUUGAACAACAGCCACUACCCAUCAAAACCUACACGUGUGAAGAGUGUGGCUAUUCGACAGUCCGCAGUGGGAACUUGAAGUUACACUUGAGGAUUCAUACAGGGGAGAGGCCGUUCAAGUGCAGUCAUUGCGCGGUGGCUUUCCGCACCUCAAGCCACCUGAAGCGCCACUUACUGAUUCAUUUAAAGUUGCAGUGCAGAAGGUGCAGGUUUGCUACGACAGAUAAACGUGCUUUCCAAAAACAUUUGAAAACACACGUGAAGAAGUUCAAAUGUGGAAAGUGUGAUGUGGUCCUGCCUACCAGAAAACUUCUGGAGAAGCAUGAGCAACAACAUAAGCUGGGAAUAUAA